AGUCUGUGCCUGUAGUGGUAAUCGGACGGCUCUCCUCCAGGCUGGCUGGCUGGUGCGGGCUGUCUCCAGAGAUAGAUACUCGGCUCUGCUCCGCUACGCUCCUCUCCGCUACUCUCCGCUGCUCUCCACACUGGGCUCAUGGCUUUUCACACUGACCAUGAAAAAGAAAAAAAGUUGUUUAGUGUUUGUAACUUGUGAGCUAACGCCGAGCUAACUGAGACGUUUCGUGAAACUCUCUCUCUCUCUUUUUUUUGCUGUUGAGAACUGUUUUUUUGUCACUCUUCUUGAAUCGGAACAGAAACUCUUAGAGAAGAUUACAAUAACAGAACGGAUAAAAGAAAGCCACAAGGAUUCAUCUAAAUUGUAGUCUAUGGAAAUGCAGGAUCUAGCCAGUCCGCACAGCCGAGUCAGUGCAAGCAGCGAGUCCCCUAAUGGUCCCAGCCUCGAUAACACACACGUCAACAGCAAUUCCAUGCCCCCAAAUGGCACUGAAGGCGACAGCAUCACUAUGCUUACCACAGCUGAUUGGUUACUAAGUUCUAGUUCACAGUCUGCUGCAGUUAAAACAGAACCAAUGAGCAGCAGUGAAAUCGUCACCUCUGUAGCAGACGGCUCCCUAGACAGCUUCUCAGGAUCAGCUAUUGGAAGCAGUGGCUUCAGCCCAAGACAAACUCACCAGUUCUCCCCGCAGAUCUACCCGUCCAACAGAGCGUAUCCCCACAUUCUCCCGACGCCGUCCUCUCAGAACAUGGCUGCGUACGGCCAGACCCAGUACACCACAGGAAUGCAGCAGGCGGCUGCCUACGCCGGAUACCCUCAACCGGGACAGCCCUACGCCAUCCCUACCUAUGGCAUCAAGACGGAGGGGGGCCUGACGCAGGGCCAGUCGCCGGGCCAGAGCGGGUUCCUCGGCUACAGCUCCGGCUUCUCCACGCCGCAGACCGGACAGGCACCCUACAGUUACCAGAUGCAAGGUGGAGGAGAGGGAAUGAGAGACAAUAAUAACCCAGCAAAUAACCCAGCAAAUAACCCAGCAAGUACCGGAGGCAGUUUUACUACAACGUCAGGACUGUACGCUGGAAGCAAUUCCCUUACAAAUUCAACUGGAUUCAACAGUACGCAACAGGACUACCCGUCGUACCCAGGCUUCGGGCAGGGUCAGUAUGCCCAGUACUACAACAGCUCUCCGUACACGUCCCCCUACAUGACGAGCAACAACACCAGCCCCACCACCCCCUCCACCACGGCCACCUACACCCUGCAGGAACCCCCCUCCUCCAUCACCAGCCAGGCCCUCUCCGAACAGCAGCCACAAGCAGGGGAGUACAGUACGAUCCACAGUCCCUCCACCCCCAUUAAGGAUUCGGAGUCGGAGAGGUUGCGCCGGGCGGCAGAUGGGAAGUCACGUGGCCGCGGGAGACGGAACAACAACCCUUCUCCACCCCCGGACUCUGACCUUGAGCGAGUCUUCAUCUGGGACUUGGAUGAAACAAUCAUCGUUUUCCAUUCCUUGCUCACCGGGUCUUACGCCAACCGAUUCGGAAGGGAUCCUCCGACGUCUGUGUCGUUAGGCCUGAGGAUGGAGGAGAUGAUAUUCAACCUGGCAGACACACAUCUCUUCUUCAACGACUUGGAGGAGUGUGACCAGGUCCACAUCGAUGACGUUUCUUCAGAUGACAACGGCCAGGACCUCAGCACGUAUAACUUCAGUACGGAUGGCUUCCAUGCGGCGGCCACCAGUGCUAACCUGUGCCUGGCGACGGGCGUGCGGGGCGGGGUGGACUGGAUGAGAAAGCUGGCCUUCCGCUACCGACGAGUAAAAGAAAUUUACACCACCUACAAAAACAACGUCGGAGGACUGCUGGGCCCAGCCAAAAGGGAAGCCUGGUUGCAAUUGCGCGCAGAAAUUGAAGCCUUGACGGACUCUUGGUUAACACUGGCACUGAAAGCACUAACAUUAAUCCACUCAAGGUCAAACUGUGUGAAUAUCCUGGUGACCACGACACAGCUCAUCCCCGCGCUGGCUAAGGUGCUGCUCUACGGCCUGGGGAUAGUCUUUCCUAUUGAAAACAUUUACAGCGCCACCAAAAUAGGGAAGGAGAGCUGUUUUGAGAGGGUCAUGCAGAGGUUCGGCAGGAAAGUUGUUUACAUCGUGGUGGGAGACGGAGUGGAGGAGGAACAGGGCUCCAAAAAGCACAACAUGCCAUUCUGGCGUAUCUCGAGCCACUCGGACCUGAUGGCACUGCAUCACGCGCUGGACCUGGAGUACUUGUAGCCCCCCCCUCCCCGCCGCAAACGGGCCGCAACUGGACCGCAUCGCGACCCGACCCGACCGCAUCGCGACCCGACCCGACCGCACCGCAACACAUUACACAACACCGGGCUGCACCGGAAAACAGAACUUCCUGACUUCAUGACGGCCAGAAGCUCUGACUUGUAGCACUGCAACCCGACUGGACUGGACUGGACGCCACCGCACCGCCCCGCAUGACAUCACGCCGUCGUCAACGGCAUCGCACCACAACUCCAAGUGUGCACCAGUCAAAACAAAAAAACCCUUGACGCCAUCACCCUUGACGCCAUCACCCUUGACGCCAUCACCCUUGAUGCCAUCACCCUUGAUGGCGGCGCAUCAUUACACCACUACAACGUACCCAGCUGGACAGAACCCCCCCUAGUGGAACCACCACCACACAGCGCCGGCUAGAACCAUCCCAAGUCGACCACAGUACCACAGUGCACCAUCCUGAACAGUACCCAAA